CUCCCAACGUGAAAGCCCACGAUAGUACGGAGUAAGCAUGUCGACAUGCAGGUUAUUCGCUCGCCAAUGGCCUCGUUGCCUUCGCCGCUCCACUCCAUGGAUCCCCCGGUCAACGUCGAAUCGCCUGGUCUCUCAUCAACUCCCCGCCCUUCGCCGUUCCUACGCUUCGUCUAUCUCCGCCGCGGAGCUUAAGUUCGGCCAACCAUUACACGAGACACAUCCCCAUUUGCUGAACCCCGGAGAAUUAACGCCUGGGAUUACGGCUCUCGAAUACGCCCAUCGUCGAUCACGCCUUGCGAACAAGCUCCCCAAAUACUCGAUUGCCGUGCUAGCUGCGUCGGAGGUCACAUAUCGCGCGUCGGGCAUCUUCAAUGAGUACCGACAAGACUCCAACUUCUUCUAUCUAACCGGAUUCAACGAACCGAAUGCGCUGGCGAUUAUCGCAAACGACGGUUCUGGCGACAACCAUCUUUUCCACCUGUAUGUCCGGGAGAAAGACGCGAAGGCCGAGCUUUGGGAUGGAGCUCGGUCUGGGACGCAGGCUGCAACUGACGUUUUCAACGCCGAUGAGACCGGUGAUAUAGAGCGCAUCGGAGAGUUGCUCCCACGCAUUAUCUCGGACGCUACAGAGAUCUAUACCGAUAUCCCCGCUUUCAACCCUGGCCGAUCCUCCCUACAUCGUUAUCUAUACGGGCCUACGGGUGCAUCCGAGCAGCUUAAAAAAAUUGUUGACUAUCGGAAAGUCAAGCCCUUGCGCCCGAUUCUCAACGAGACGAGAGUCUUCAAAAGCGAGGACGAAGUUGUGCAAAUGCGGGCAGUGGGACAAGCUUCCGGAAGAGCGUUCACCGAAUCCAUGAGACACACAUUCACCAAGGAGAAGGACCUCACAUCCUUUUUGGAAUACAACUUCAAAAUCAACGGCUGUGACAACAGCGCUUUCGUCCCCGUUGUCGCGGGCGGCUCCAACGCUUUGAGCAUCCACUACACGAGAAAUGAUGACGUCCUGAAAGACGGCGAUAUGGUCCUGGUGGACGGAGGAGGAGAAGGGGGCACCUACAUUUCCGACAUCACCAGAACAUGGCCUGUCAAUGGCAAGUUCACGGAUCCUCAGCGUGACCUGUACAAUGCGGUGUUGAAUGUGCACCGCAACUGUGUCUCGCUCUGUCGAGAGGACGCAAAUCUCUCCCUGGACCGACUUCACACCGUCGCCGAGAAUGGCCUGAAAGACCAACUGCAGCAGCUGGGCUUUGACGUCUCCGGAAACGCCAUGGGAACUCUCUUCCCUCACCAUCUUGGCCAUUAUAUUGGACUGGACGUGCACGACUGCCCCGGAUACCCCAGAGGGUACAAUUUGAAGGCAGGCCAAUGCAUCACCGUGGAACCUGGUGUCUAUGUGCCCGACGACGAGCGGUGGCCGGAGAAGUUUCGAGGAAUCGGGAUUCGCAUUGAGGACAGCGUCUGCGUCGGCGAUGACAGCCCCAUCGUGCUGACCACCGAAGCCGUCAAAGAGGUCGACGACAUCGAGGCACUGCGGGAUUAGGAUCGGGAAACUUCAGAGUAGCAGCAAGAUACCCUUUGUACAUGGAUGUAUAUUAGCCAACGUAUUGAUGACUUGGGAGGGCGCGGACGGAGCGCCGAGUGGACAUGACACGCCUCUGGUGGAUGUUAUUGUUGUUAUUGUUAUUGUUCGUUGCAGAAAACAAACAAACCCUAAGCGGUGUUGUCACCCGUUUUCUUACAUAC